UUUGGUCCUUUUGAGUAACUCCGUUAAAAUUGUUAACGUCAACGUGUCCAGCUCUGCAAGUGCUGAGUGAGGUGUCAUUUCUUUGCUGACUGGGAGUUCUUUUUAGCCGUUAGAAAUUUUUAAAUUGAAUUUCUUAAUCAGGUUUUUUAUUUUGGGAAUAAAUUGAAGAGAGUGGAUUCUAAAUGAGGGUUUUUAUUUCCCAAUCUUUUUCCCUUAGUUAACGAGCCAUGUCUGCUUUCCAUUCUUCUUCAUCUUCUUGGAAUACCUUGGGCCGCCGUACUUCUCAUCAUUCCCCUUGGGGUGGUUCAAUUGGGCCAGGGGUAAUCCCCAUUUGCAAUUGUGGUGAGAUGGUAGUAGUAAAAAUGGCUAGAACUCCAAAGAAUGCGAGAAGAUAUUUUUGGGGUUGUCGAAACUACAAGAGUGAAGCUGGUAAUGGCAUGUGUUGCAACUAUUUCAAGUGGUGCAGUAAAAAAAAUGAUGACGAAAAGGAUGUUAUUAUUGGGAGGCAAAGGGGGAAGAUUUAUGAUCUGGAAAACGCACUCAAAGCUUUGAAGAAAAAGAUCCAAUUAUUAGUAGUAGUGACUGGUUUUCUUAGUGUAGUUAACAUAGUUAUGUUUUGUGUAUUUUGGUUGAAGUGAUGAUGUUUGAAGAGGUGGUCCCAGUGUGGUUGAACGUACUGAUUUAAGGUCAAUGGAGUUGAAAUGUUGUGAUGUUUAGGUUAUGGCUAUAUUUCUUGUACUAAAUGAUGAAAUUUUAUAUAUUAAGUAAUUGUUCAAUUUAGUCCCAGUUUAUGUUUAUUAGUUAUAAAUUUGGUCCCUAUGUUGACUACUGAUGUGUUGUUAAAGCAAUAAAACACAACAUGAU